AUGGGUGCUCGAAAGAAAGAAGCUUCCCGCCGUGAGCGGCAGGGGCAGUCGACAGACGGCAUGGCAAACGUCAAGGUCAAGGGCGAGAACUUCUAUCGCAAUGCCAAAAAGCUCAAGACCUUGAAUAUGCUGAAAGAUGGCAAAGCACAGCGGAAUGCCGAAGGUAAAAUCACAAAAGCCGCCUCCUACCAGUCCCGCGAAAUUCCCAAGGCCCGAGUCGAGCCUAAUCGGAAGUGGUUUGGGAACACAAGAGUUAUAUCUCAAGAUGCACUCGACUCCUUCAGACAAGCUGUGGCAGAGCGAGCAGCGGACCCAUACCAGGUCCUUCUGAAGACGAACAAACUACCUAUGAGCUUGAUUCGAGAUGCCGAGAACACCAAGAACGGAAUCAAACAACAUCAGGCCAAGAUUGCAGUGGAGUCGGCUCCCUUUGCCGACACCUUUGGACCAAAGUCCCAGCGGAAGCGCGUGAAGCUCAGUGCAAGCUCAGUGGCAGAUUUGGCUGACGAGUCGGUAAAGAUGCACGACAACUAUCUCGAUCGACUGGAGGAGAACAAACUGCUGAGCGGACAGACUGCGGAACAGAUGCAGGGGCAAGAAGACGGCGAACUCACGAGUGCCCGGGAACCAAUCUUCUCAAAAGGCCAAAGCAAGAGGAUAUGGAACGAGCUGUACAAGGUCAUUGACUCGUCCGAUGUCGUUAUUCACGUGCUGGAUGCUCGAGACCCCGAGGGCACAAGAUGUAGGAGCGUGGAAAAAUAUAUUCGCGAGGAGGCACCGCACAAGCACUUGGUGUUCGUAUUGAACAAAUGCGAUUUGGUGCCGACGAGCAUAGCGGCUCAAUGGACAAGGCUCCUUUCAAAAGAAUAUCCUACACUGGCUUUUCACGCGUCGAUGACGAAUUCCUUUGGGAAAGGCUCGCUCAUCACGUUGCUGCGGCAAUUCUCUACGUUGCAUUCGUCGAGAAAGCAGAUCUCAGUGGGUUUCAUCGGGUAUCCAAACACCGGCAAGUCCUCGAUCAUCAACACGCUACGAAAGAAGCGAGUUUGUACAGUUGCUCCAAUUCCUGGGGAGACCAAAGUUUGGCAAUACAUCACAUUAAUGAAGAGAAUCUAUCUGAUCGAUUGUCCUGGAGUUGUUCCACCGAGUCAAGGCGACACCGAAGAAGACAUUCUGCUGCGUGGAGUGGUGCGUGUGGAGAAUGUCGAACAUCCUGCACAAUAUGUUGAGGCGGUUCUGAGGCGAACGAAGACCCGCCAUAUCGAACGGACCUACGACAUCAAGGCUUCCGAUUACAACGACGAUCCGGUUGAAUUUCUCAGUAUUUUAGCAAGAAAGGGUGGGAGACUGUUGAAAGGUGGCGAGCCCGAUGUGGAUGGUGUUGCCAAGAUGGUCUUGAAUGAUUUCCUGCGUGGAAAGAUCCCCUGGUUCACACCGCCCCCAAAGAAAGAGGGUGCCGAGGGGACAGAUGAUGAUCCUUCGACGGAAGUGAUCGAAGGGAGGGAAGGACGUCUAGGCGAGAUGCCCGGCAAAAGGAAGGCUGACCAAUCUGCAGCGAGUGGCGAGGGUUCACCUGAGCCAGGUGUAGAACAAGACUCAUCGGCCAGUGAUGAAGAGGAGGAAGGAGACGAGAGCAGCGAAGAACCAGCCGAUGACUUUGCAAACUUUGACGACGAAAACGAAGACGACGAGGAAGACUUGAGUGAGACUGAUGCUUCUGGUAAUGAGGGAGGGACUCAGCUAUAA